GCAUGUGUAAAUCCAGCCCAACAUUAACUACGAGUACAUGUUCAGGGCGCUAGGUCUCGGCGAUAAGGCGCAGAGCGAUGAAAGUUGAGUUUGUAAGAAUCGAACUGUUUUCCUCAUCGGUCGACAGAUUCGAUCGUCUCGUUCUGUUCAUUGGAGAGAGAUUCUCAAAGCGUGGUUAAGGCACUUUGUAAUGGUGUUGAAAAGGACGACGGAGUCUAUCGCCAAUGGUAAUGAAUGGGACGCAUAUUAUGUGUUCGUCAAAAUGUCCCACCUGACUGCAUCAUAAACAUAGUUCAAGAAAAGAUUAAAUAUUAUUAAGCAGAGCCCUCAGACGGAAGACUCGAGAAUCCUCCGCCGCAAUUUCAUAAUGAAAGUCGGUUCUUCAAAGGCUUGCCUUGCCUCCUAAACCUACAAUGCCUGGUAAAAAAACCAGGUAACCUUUAGCUUUACCAUAAUUUAUGCGUGAUUAGCCCUACUUAUAAGAUGUUGCAACAGGUGGGAAGCACCAACCAAACGUACAUUACAUGGACUUGUAACAAAACAAUACGUUAAUGCGUUUUUUCGAAAAUUAUAUAUAUAUAUAAUUUUUUCUUAAAUUUGGGAAACCGCCAUCACCUGGUGAUGAUGCUCUAGCAGUGGCUGGAGACAGUCAGGACACUUCAAGAAGGAAAGGCAUCUCUCUCAUAAAAUCAAACAAACAGUAACCCAAUUCAAUAUGUUGUCUGUAGAGAGUGAAACCUACUUAUCAAAUGUCUCAAUGACUUACAUAUGAUUUUAUCUUGAUUUUCUUCUAUAUCUAGAUUGACUUCCUCGUCGAAGUUGAUUGAAAUCUUCUGCCACUCUUGUUCCAUUCCAUGUUUUACAAUUCCACGACUAACAGUUGAAGUCUUUGCCAUAUUGGCUUUUUUUUUUAAAAUUGGAUUUAAGGAGGAAAAGAGCUUUUCUUAAGCAUUUAUAAUAGAAUUGUAAGGAAUUGUACAGACUACGGAGAAAUAAUUGAAGGGGAUUAAAAUCUCAUGGAAAUAGGGUUUUUAAAUCCUACAAAGGGACAUUGUUGGUACUAUGUUUAUAACCAAAAAAAAAAGUUAUACAGUUCUGUAUAAGUUUUCCAAUCAACCUUUGCUAUCUUCCUUGACAAUGAUUUAUUUCCUUCCCCUCUUUUUAUAGACUUUUAUUCCAAGAUUUGGACUCUUGGUGAUCCAUUUAAACUGUUUAAAUAGAGAAAUAUUCUUAGGUGCAAGCUAAGUCUGGCCUAUGAGCAUUCUUCAUAUAUGUCGACUAACAUGACUAGCAAAUUAUGUGAUCUUCUUCAUGGGAUGAAGCCAGUGAUAGUCAUGGUGGUGGUUCAAGCUGUACUUGCAGGCGUAAAUAUCUUCUACAAGUUGGCUGUGGAGGAUGGAAUGAGUAUGAGGAUAUUAGUCAGUUACAGAUUCAUUUUUGCCACAGCCUUUGUUGCUCCUCUUGCCUUAGUCCUUGAAAGGAAAAAUAGACCUAAGCUGACAUGGAUGGUUGCUUUCCAAGGGUUUUUAUCUGGGAUAUUUGGGGGAGCACUGGGCCAGAAUUUAUACAUUCAAAGCUUGUCUUUGACUUCCACAACAUUUGUUGCUGCAAUGGCUAACCUAAUUCCAGUUUUGACAUUCAUCUUGGCUACUAGUCUUGGCGUUGAGAAGCUAGCGAUUAAAACAAUGGCAGGAAAUGCUAAGGUGGUUGGCACUGUUUUGUCCAUAGCUGGAGCAAUGGUUCUUUCUUUUUACAAGGGAAGAGAGAUUAACAUUUGGUCAACCGACAUAAAGUUGAUUAAGCACAAUGAAAAUCACCCAGAAUUGUCACACUCACAUCAGGUGCUAGGUUCAUUACUAGCUCUAGCAAGCUGCUUGUCAUUUGCGGUUUGGUACAUAAUUCAGGCCAAGAUAGGUAAAAGGUAUCCUUGCCAAUAUUCAAGCACUGCUUUGAUGUGUGGGACAGCAUCAAUUCAGGCAACAGUAUAUGCCAUGUGUGUGGAGCGAGAUUUGUCUGCGUGGAAGCUUGGUUGGAAUAUCAGGCUUCUUGGAGCUGCUUAUACGGGCGCCUUGGCCACUGGACUAGUGGUUGCAGCUAUAACGUGGUGUGUACGUAAGAGAGGACCGAUAUUUGUAUCCAUCUUCAAUCCUCUUGCACUCGUAUUUGUGGCAUUGGUUGGAUCCCUGUUCUUGGACGAAAAGGUGUACUUGGGAAGCUUUGUAGGAUCAGUGCUGGUCAUAAUUGGGCUAUAUACUGCAUCCUGGGGUAAAACCAAGGAGAUGAAGAAGGAUGAAACUAAUUUGGCUCAAAAUGGCAACAUCAUAGAGACAGAGACAACCCAUAAUCAGAUUAGUAGUGUUUAAUCAAAUGUGUUUUGUCAUGCGUGGGAUGGCAAUUGGAAUAUCCUGUUUAACCUUCUUUUCCCAACCUGUUUGUCGUGUUCUUUAAAGCCGUGUAGUUUGCCUGAAAGAAUUGAAGUUUAGAUCAAAAGGAAAGAAAGCUAUUAGUCCCCCUAGAUGUGGCUGAAGCUGGUUGGAUAUUUUAAGGAAGCAAAAAUUCUUGUUCAAAAUAAAAAAGCCUGUGUGCCUAGGGUGGGCCAAUUUUUGGGCCGGUAUUUCAAUUGGCCCGGGCUUGGGAAUUAGGUUGGUCUCGGGCCUAAUUCUCUCUAAGGACAAAUUAGUUAUGUUUGGGCUCUCUAUAUGACUAUCAAUUGCAAAAAUCAAAUACAAAUCAUUCAGCAAAAGCAUUUAUUGAUAUCAUCAUAAAAUAUCGUGGUUCAGACAGUCUGAGACAGACUAUUCAUAGUUUUCAAGAGAUAGGGUCUAUGAACAAUGAUUUCGUACGAUCCUUGAUAUGAUUGUCUUGGCUAGCAUGACCAUCUCCAUACAAAUACAUGGCCUGAGCUGUCCUUGUCAGGUUUAUUGCGAUAUCAAUAAAAAGUGGAGAGAACUCAUAAUCUACGAGUUUUUCUGCAUUUAUUUUCUUCCAUGUUUCGUGAAUCAAAUGUCGUAUGUGUUGCUGUGUUUCUUUUUCUUAUGCGCCUGUUUCAUUCAUGUAACACUGGAUUGAUUUAGGAUUAUCUCCUCGCGUCAACUCAUCUUGACAUGAAGUAACACAAUUAGUUGAUCAUUAUAUAACCCAAUUAAUUAAGUUCAUCUGCACUAAACAUCGUUACAUUCCUUACCGGGGAAGUUCCCAGAUCGUUUGCCAAUCGUACAAUCAUGGAUGAGUAACGAAGUAUAUCUAGAUAUUUUGCUAAGCUUUCCAAGAUGUCAUUGGACAAGGGAGUUGUAAUCAGACAAGUAUGGACAAGCAUUGCUGGUGCUGUUACUAAAAUCCAUGAUUCCUUCAUGUACUCUUCUAGAGUUGGCGUGUAUUCAAUGUAAAACCACUUAGCCUUAGCAUUUGAAUAAAUCUGCCAACUGAAAAGCAUAUGCAACGCACAACAAAGAUUCAUCCAUCAAAAAAUAAUUAUAUGGAAUAACAGUAUAAGUAGAAGAGUUUGUCUAUUUUAUAGUUUUCUUCAAGCAAGGAAUAACGUAGAAUCCUUUGUUCUUUAGAACAUUGAAAGCGACUUCAUUCAUGGCAUUGUACAGAGUAAAGAAAGGUAUCCUCAUAUAGUCUGGAAGUUCUUCCAUUGCAUUCACAUCCCAUUUGAAAAUUCUCUAAAAACUUAAAACGGUUAGGAAACCAUGGAGUUUAGAGAUUUGAAUUUAUGAUCUAACGUUUGUGAGAGGCAUUGGUACCAUGAUUGACCUUUGAAUAGCGUUUGUAAAGAGUUGGAGCUCAUCCAAGCUACCGUAGACAUCAUCAAGUGCGGUGAGGGGUGCGUGGACCCUGGUUUCCAUUCUACUGUAGUAUCCAGAUUGAGGCUCAAAUGCCAUCCCAACAGACCAAAGAAAGUUCUCCAUCAAUCUAUCCCUUGCAAAGCUCAAUGUUUCAGCUACUCCGGUAGACCUACACCACCUUUAUGAAGAACAAAAGGAAAGCAUGUAUGAUUAAGUCUCUGUGCACUUAGUACUUGAUAUGCAUAUUUAAUAGAUAAUCGCACCUGGAAGCUAAUCGAAUAUCUUUUUGGUGUUGAGCUUGAACAAUAUUGAAAUCCAACUUGGCAAACUUAAGUAAAGUUGGAUUCAUACCUUGUGUUCUCUCAUAAACAUCAAUAAACCACCUAGCUUCCAAUCUUAGCAUCCUCCAAUGCAAUGGAAGUUCCAAGGCAUGACUCACUAGCUCGUAUAGAGCCCUCUUUUGUAUUAUAUCAAUAAUUAACAUUUUUUUUCCGUAUAGGUUACAAUGACAUUGUGUUCAGGACAAGGUGUGG